AUGGAUUUCGUGGUUGGACUACCUGUUUCAAGGACUUUCGAUGCUAUCUGGGUGAUUGUGGAUCGGUUGACUAAGUCUGCACAUUUCUUGGCCAUCAAGAAGACAGAUGGAGCUGCUGUCUUGGCUAGGAAGUUUGUGCGAGAGAUUGUGAGGCUGCAUGGAGUGCCAGCUAGUAUUGUGUCAGACCGUGAUCCCAGAUUCACUUCAGAGUUUUGGAGGGCGUUUCAGGCAGAGAUGGGCACUAAGGUGCAUCUGAGUACAGCUUAUCAUCCGCAGACAGAUGGUCAGUCAGAGAGGACUAUUCAGACUUUGGAGGAUUUGCUGAGGAUGUGUGUGUUGGAUUGGGGUGGCCAUUGGGCAGAUCACCUAAGCUUAGUUGAGUUUGCAUACAACAACAGCUUUCAGGCGAGUAUUGGCAUGGCUCCAUUCGAGGCUUUGUAUGGGAGGCCAUGUAGGACACCCCUAUGCUGGACCCAAGUGGGGGAGCGCAGCAUGUAUGGAGCUACUUAUGUUCAGGAGACGACAGAGAAGGUUCGUGUUGUGAGGCUGAACAUGAAGGAGGCUCAGGAUAGGCAGAAGAGUUAUGCAGAUAGACGCAGACGAGAGCUUGAGUUUCAGGUUGGAGAUAGAGUUUAUCUCAAGAUGGCUAUGUUGAGGGGUCCUAACAGAUCCAUAGCAGAGAACAAGCUGAGUCCGCGAUUUAUGGGUUUUUCAUGUGUCGAUGCUGAGGAAGUGUCUUCACCUACAGAGGAGUUAGUGGCUAGGAUUCCAGAGGAUCUUCAGCCAGAUUUGACAGUGCCGGCAGUGCCUAUGAGGAUUUUAGAGAGGAGGGAAAAGGUUCUGAGGAACAAGAGGAUUCCCUUACUGAGGAUUUUGUGGGAUUGCAGUGGUUCUACAGAGGAGACUUGGGAGCCAGAGGCAAAGAUGAAGUUGAAGUUCAGGAAGUGGUUCGACAAGCAGGUCGAGGAGUGA